GCUGCCUGGAAUUGAAAGAAGACACCAUUGAAAAUCUUCUAGCAGCUGCCUGCCUUCUCCAGCUCCCACAAGUAGUAGAGGUUUGCUGCCAUUUUCUAAUGAAGCUUUUGCACCCAUCCAACUGUUUGGGAAUACGAGCAUUUGCUGAUGCACAAGGAUGCACAGAGCUUAUGAAAGUGGCUCACAACUACACCAUGGAGAACAUAAUGGAAGUUAUAAGAAAUCAAGAAUUUUUACUUCUACCAGCUGAAGAACUCCAUAAACUUCUUGCUAGUGAUGAUGUGAAUGUUCCUGAUGAAGAGACCAUUUUCCAUGCCUUAAUGAUGUGGGUGAAGUAUGAUAUGCAGAGGCGAUGCAAUGACCUAAGUAUGCUACUUGCUUAUAUCAGAUUACCACUGCUUCCACCUCAGAUCUUGGCUGACCUAGAAAACCAUGCGCUUUUUAAGGAUGACCUAGAAUGCCAGAAGCUUAUUCUGGAAGCCAUGAAAUACCAUCUUUUACCAGAGAGAAGAACUCUCAUGCAAAGUCCAAGAACUAAACCUAGAAAAUCUACAGUUGGGACACUUUAUGCUGUUGGAGGAAUGGAUAACAACAAAGGUGCUACAACUAUUGAAAAGUAUGAUCUCAGAACAAAUAUAUGGAUCCAGGCUGGAGUGAUGAAUGGCAGGAGGCUUCAGUUUGGUGUUGCUGUCAUCGAUGACAAGCUGUUUGUCAUUGGAGGCCGGGAUGGUUUAAAGACAUUAAACACUGUUGAAUGUUACAAUCCAAAGACCAAGGCUUGGACUGUGUUACCACCAAUGUCAACACAUAGGCAUGGCUUAGUGUUCCAGAAUUUUACAGAAUCUGUUGUUAGUUUCAAUGCUGUUCCCAAGGGUGGUAAAAAUGCAACAACUUCAGCUAUAACACAGGAAAGUAUUAAUAAAACAUUAGGGAAUGCUUGGAAGCCUUUUCGUGCCCUGGCUCUUGCGCAUGCGCAAAGGCGGCACCCAUCCGCAGACCACGAAGGCAGCGUCCUCCGAGGCAGGAUGUCAUCGCAGGAAAGUGGCGGCGCGGCGGCAAUGUCGAGACAAACCACAUACAGUAGCAGUCAGCUACAAAGCCUUAUGUUUAUUUAUAUAGCAUAUAGGCCUAGG